GGAGCAGCACCGCCGCCUCCUGGAGCAGCACCGCCGCCUCCUGGAGCAGCACCGCCGCCUCCUGGAACAGCACCGCCGCCUCCUGGAGCAGCACCGCCACCUCCUGGAGCAGCACCACCGCCUCCUGGAGCAGCACCGCCGCCUCCCGGUUGAGCUUUAG